CUCCCUUCCUCUCGGCCGCGGGGCGCGAUGGAGAGGGCGCGCGGGGCGGCGGGCGCGCUGCUGGUGCUGCUGUGCGCGGGCUGUGUGCCGCGCGGCGGGCGCGCCCAGUACGAGCGCUACAGCUUCCGCAGCUUCCCGCGGGACGAGCUGAUGCCGCUCGAGUCGGCCUACCGCCACGCGCUGGACCAGUACGGCGGCGAGCGCUGGGCGGAGAGCGUGGGCUACCUGGAGAUCAGCCUGCGGCUGCACCGCCUGCUCCGCGACAGCGAGGCCUUCUGCCACCGCAACUGCAGCGCGGUGCCCCCGGCCGAGCCCCAGCCCGAGCCCCAGCCCGAGCCCGAGCCCGAGCCCGCCGGCCUCGCCCGCUACCCCGAGCUGCGCCUCUUCCGGGGCCUGCUGCGCCGCGCGCACUGCCUCAAGCGCUGCAAGCAGGGCCUGCCCGCCUUCCGCCAGUCGCAGCCCAGCCGCGAAGUGCUGGCCGACUUCCAGCGCCGCGAGCCCUACAAGUUCCUGCAGUUCGCCUACUUCAAGACGAAUAAUCUUCCUAAAGCCAUUGCUGCCGCUCAUACCUUUCUACUGAAGCAUCCUGAUGACGAAAUGAUGAAGAGAAAUAUGGCGUAUUACAAGAGCUUGCCUGAUGCUGAGGACUACAUUAAGGACCUGGAAACCAAGUCAUACGAGAGCCUGUUCAUCCGAGCAGUGCGAGCCUACAAUGGUGAGAACUGGAGGACGUCUGUCACUGACAUGGAGCUGGCCCUUCCCGAUUUCUUCAAAGCCUUUUACGAGUGUCUCGCAGCCUGCGAGGGCUCCAGGGAGAUCAAGGACUUCAAGGACUUCUACCUUUCCAUCGCAGAUCAUUAUGUAGAAGUCCUGGAAUGCAAAAUACAGUGUGAAAAGAACCUCACCCCAGUUAUAGGAGGCUAUCCAGUGGAGAAAUUCGUGGCUACCAUGUAUCAUUAUUUGCAGUUUGCUUAUUAUAAAUUGAACGACCUGAAGAACGCAGCCCCCUGUGCGGUCAGCUACCUGCUCUUUGACCACAAUGACAAGGUCAUGCAGCAGAACCUGGUGUAUUACCAGUACCACAGGGACAAGUGGAGCCUCUCGGACGAGCAUUUCCAGCCCAGACCAGAAGCAGUUCAGUUCUUUAACGUGACUACACUCCAGAAAGAGUUGUAUGACUUUGCUAAGGAAAAUAUAAUGGAUGAUGAUGAGGGAGAGGUUCUGGAAUAUGUGGAUGAUCUCUUGGAGCUGGAGGAGACUGGCUAGUCCACAGCAAAGAUGUGUCCCUUGAUGUUCAGGAGACCCAGAUUGUUCGUCUUCCUUUCCCCAGCACCCCACGUGGUUGAUACCUCAAAGCAUUCUAUUUACUCUGUGAAGUGAAAGAGAAGCCUCAUCUCUUACUACAUCCAAUAAGGGGUGAGCCUGCCUUCUCCAUGACUACACCUGCCUCCCCAUGGUCUUCCCAUGUUCACACCUGCCUUCUCCUCAUUCACACCUGCCUUUCUCACCAUUUUGGCUGGAAGGACAGAUUUCCAUUUUUCCCCCCAGAAAAUCACUAUCAUUUUUUUAAUAAGAAAAAUACUCCUAAAAUUAGCUCUUCCAGAUUUUAGACCCCAUUAUCCCCAUGCCCUGAUCCAAGAAAAACUGUGGAAAACAAAGGCCAAACUUCUCCACACCUUACGACAGCCUAUAUGUGGUCUGACCUGCACCAUUUCUGGCACCCACUGAAAGACCUCUGUCUUUCAAGUGUCUGUCUUACCCCUCCAAGUUGGGUAGAUAGUGCAGACUACAGAAAUAUGGAUUUUUGCCCAGCACUUCUACAUCUCCAAAGUCUUAAAAUGGUUGGUCGGUCCCCCUUGGGGACAAUUGUCAGUUACAAGUCUCAGAGUUGGGAAUGGAAGAAAGCAGAGGGAGUCUAGUUUCAUUCAUUUUUCAAUAAAUAUUUAUUGAGUACCUACUACUCACUGGAAAUACCACACAGAAUGACAGAAAAAAAAAAAAAAAACCCUUCCUCUGGAGCCUACGUCCUAUAAGGAGAGACAGACAACAAAUAAAUAAGAAUAAAUAUAUACAAACUAUCAAUAGUAAUAAUUGCUAUGGAGAAAAAUAAAGCAGGGAAGUGAGUAUGGAAGCCUGAAGAGGAGCCUACAGUUUUAAAUAGGAUGGUCAGGGAAGACUUCACUGAGAAGGUGAUAUCAAAGUAGAGACUUUAGGGAUGCAAAUCUCAGGGAAAAGCAUUCCAGGCAGAGGGAACCGCAUAAGCAAUGCUAUACAGUGAGAACAUGCUCAGUGUGGUGAGGGAAUAGCAAAGAGGCCAUGGAGAUGAGUGGGCAAGGGGAAGAAUGGAAGGAGAUAAGGCUAGUGCAGUGUACGUACAUGGGGUGGGAGAGAGAGCAGAUGGCUUAGGCCGUGUAAGGGCUUUGGCUCCUUCUCUGAGUGAAAUGGGAGCCUUUGGAAGGUUUGGGCAGAGGAAUGCCUUGAUUGACUGGAUUCUUCCAGUUGCCAUAUUGUGAGCAAGGGCAGAGCAGGGAUAGCAGGCAAAGGAAGUGUUGGCUUGAACCUGAGCCAUCACAAUAGAGAUGGUGAGAAGUGGCCAAAUGGUAGGCUUGUUUUGAAAGCAGAGCUAGUAGGAUUUGGUGACAAUUGGGUGUGGAGCAUAAGAGAAAGGGGUUAAUGGUGACCUCAAGGUUUUUGGCCAGAGUAGCUGGAAGGAUGGAGUUGCCAUUUUUUUUAUUUUUUUAUUUUUUUAUUUUUUUAUUUUUUUGGAGUUGCCAUUUACUGAGUGUAGGGAAGUUGGUUGCGGGUGGUAGGUAUUUGGUGUCAAGCAGGCUCCCUGAGGCCGGGAUGGGAGGUUCAGGCUGCAAAUAAAAUUUGAGAGUAUUCUCAGAUCAAGUCUUCAACAGAGCCUGAAACAGGGAUCCAAGUGUGGUUUAUUGUGAGGGCACAUUCAGAAGAAAUCUGUGAAGGCCUCCAUUAGUCAGCUAGUGAUUGUCUGUCCCUUGGGGGGCAGGGGUGGACCUUGGAAGGCAAGUAGCUCGAUAAUUGAGGGCAGUUCUCCGGCAAAAGGACAGAAGGACUGUGGACCACUGGCAGGGGAUAGACACAGUGAGGGACUGGGAUGGGGAUGUGGGUCUCAGUUCUGUGAAGGGGUCUGGGAGGGAAUUCUACGUCAUGUCUCUCCCCAUCCCCUGCUGGAUCAUCAGCAUGUACAUUGUGUGUAAAGCCAUGAGUCUGGAUGGGGUCAUGUAGAUGGAAUGUGUAUUUUAAGAAGCAAGAGAAGAGGGUCAAGGUCAGAGCUCUGGGGCUCUCUGGGAAAUGAGAAACCUACCAAAGAGACUAGAAGGAGCCACCGUUGAGGUUGGAGAAAACCCAGGAAAGUGGUGUUUUGGAAUGUGAGUUCUCUUUUUUCAACCUUGUUCCCUCCUCCAAUAAGCCACUUGGUCUGGGGAAGGAGGCUGAGGGGACUAGGACAGCCUUUGGGAGACAGGACUUCUCUUACAGGAGCCUUUGGGAGACAGGACUUCUCUUACAUUCUCUUAAAGGAAUGAAGGGAGAUAGAAUUUGGGGGUCAUUAAUAUGAUGGUGAGUAAUUGGGGGUGGCAAACUCAUAUAUUUUUGGUUUCCCAGGCUUCUUCCCCCUCCUCCCACUGCCCCAUCUCACCAGUCUAAGCUCUGGGAAUGCCCUUCUAUUCCUGGGAACACCCUUCUGUUCCUCCUUCUGCACCAUUCUGCUCCCCAUCCCUUUCUCUUUAGAGCACCUCCUCUUUUACCUGCACAAGAAUCCUCCUGUCAUGUUCUCCUUCUGGGGCACUGACAAUAAGCUACUACUGUCUUGCCCUACCUACGGAGCUUACUCUCUGGGUAGGCCAUAUGGCCAAGGCGUCAGUGUGAUUGGCAUUGUGGUGGCCACACUUGUGUCCACAGCAGCCCCCAGUCAGGGCAUGACUCAGAUCCUACUGGCUUCCACCCAUGGUCAUGGGAUCCUCCUCCUUCCCUUGCCCUGCUCUCCGCUCCACCAGCAGGGAGGAGGGUCAUAGGGCAGGUCUCUACAGUAGAGAGGAACCCAGUGAGUGGCCACCCUGGCCCAGACGCCCAAGUCCAUGGAGAUGGUACACCUGGCAGCCAUUUAACUCAGCAGGGAGCUCCUGGCUACAGCUGUCCCUCCCAGUUGUGUGAGAACAGCCAAGGACACCAACAUGGGACCAGGCUGGGUUGGGUAGUCUGAUCCCCUCCAAUUCUUUGUGCCCUGCAGACCUUCCAUUUGGUCCUCUUCCUUGAGCCUGGGCUGAGCUCUUUGUGGAUGAUGUUGCUCCACACAUGAUUGAGUGGUGGUGGUGGUAGAAGGGGUCCUUAUUUACUCACUGAACUUGACGCCUCUUUACAGGGGUGGCAGGGUGGUUGAAAAGCACCUCCGCCCCGAUCCUAGCAAUGCCCCUGAGGAAGAAGCCCUGGGAGCAGUAUGGUCAACAUUGUCAGCACUUUGCUUGGAUUGGAAGCUAUGGGACUGGGUUACUAAUCUUUUUAUUCCAAAGGAAACCAAACCAAUCUUUAAAAAAAAAAAAAAAAGGUGGGCCAAUUCCUCCAAACCUACCAUGAAACCCAGUAUGCAGACCACAUUCAACAACCUCAACCCAGCACCUCCCUGAGUGUGUUUCUUGGAAGAGCCUAGAAGAUUCCUGGAUUGAGACUUCAUGGGUUCAGCAUUAGUUGGGCCUGUCUUUUGAAAAACAACAACAAAAAAAUCCCCCACAUUUUUAAGCUUUGCAGAAGUUUCCAGACCUAGCCUUAGGUGUCCUUCGACUCAUUUCCAUAGAGGGCAGCAGGGAGGUGACCCCCCACGGGGAUGAGGCCAUCUGUCCAGUCAUCUUGCCAUGUGGGUAGCCCAGGGAGGUGGCAUCCUCUGGGAAGGGCUGCCCACCAUGACCCCAGGAAUGUUCAGUGUCUACACUAACUGGAGCGCUGAGGGAGGCCUGUAUAGACACAGGUUUAAAAGAGACUAAUUGAAAUGUCUCUCAUACCAUAUUCAACGAUGUACCUUGACCUCUGAGCUUCGAGCCACUCUAAUGAUGGCCCUAACCUGUUAUGCCCACCCCUGGGACCCAGGAGAGCUGCUGGGCAUGCUGGCCACGAAGGCUGCCUUAGGAAAUGAGGCUUUUAGGAGUUCUUACUCAGGGAAUUUUAGGAGAACAAACAUUUUAUUGAACCAAACUCGGUGGCAAACAGAAAUGAUCUGUUAGAUUGUCAAUGGGGAAGGGUUUAUUAUGACUGCUGGUGGAAUAAACAGUGGCUGGUUUCUGCCAACAUUUAUGGAAAUAAUGUUUUUAAGUUUUAAAUGUGAGCUGUAAACCUAAGCUACUUCAGGGUUGUUGUUGUUGUUUUUUUUUUUUUAAUUCAAUACUGAAACUGUGGGGGGAAAGGUGGGUUGGUGCCAGAAAAAACAUUCUCAUUUAAUAGUGUUUGCACAUGGAACUGCUACCCAGUUUGUAGCGAGGCCCUGAGAAAAACCCACAACUAAUCCUUCAUCACAGCUGUCUGCGCUCUUGAUCAUCUGCCAUCCUCCGAACAGCGACUUCUUUUUUCUGGUGACUGCAGGCUUGAAUGACCUAGUGUGGAGAGUUUAAGCUAUAUACAAGGGGGGCGGGGGCGAGAAAGGAACCUCAAAUAAGCCUCAGCCAAAGGUUUUGUGCAUAGGACUUCCUGUGCCGGCAGCCAGGGGCAGGGCUGUUCCCCACCCUGUCCCUGCAGUGUCUCCCCGAGACGGAGGACAUCGCAACAGCCAGCUUUGCCUUGUCUGACCCACUCCUGUCCCUGCACCGAGUCAGGAGCACUGUGGUUUUUUCCACACUUGGGUGCUUCUCCCUCCACCUCCAGGCCAGGUGUGGGAGCAGUUGACCCCCAGCACCAAUCACUGCCCCCCAGGGGCCUCUCCCCAAAUAUCUGGCUUUGGUGGCUUGCUGAAUGAACGUGUUGGCUCACUAUUCUCUUGGAGCCAAUGCAGUAGGAUGCUGGUGGCCCACUUUAUAAGAAAAGAAUAAGAAGGAAAUAAGCAAUUUGGCCAAGAGGUACAGGAUCACUUGGUUUUGAGGAGGCCAGACUAUAAACACUGUUGCCAAUGUCUCUCUGCCCUCCCCUCCCUCGGCCAGGGCAGUAUGUAAUCUCACUCUUACAGGAAAUAAGAACUUGGAAAGUUAUUGAAAACAAAGAUUUUUUUUUUUUUAAAGAAAAUCACAUUAAACGUUUUAUUUUGCUUAUUUUCUACUGUUUUGUCUACUGGGUGAACCUGAGCCACACCCAGUCAUUUGAGGAUGCCGUUGUAAGGAGCUCUGUUUUCUCAGGUCCCUGAGAUUUCUAACAGCUGUCCAGCAAAGCAGAACCCUUAUUCUGAGGACUCUGGGAUCUUCCUCAGCAGAGGGGGAUCCUUGCUAGCCUCACGGGCUGAGCACCUUUUCAGGAGAUAGGGGCUCAUUCCUCUUCCCAGGAAUGUUCUCUUUUAGAGGAGAUCUGGGAUUCCACUUGGAAAAACAUUUGGGAUCCAGGGCUUACUUUUGAUCUAAAGAGCUGGUUGGUCCCUUGCUGCCAACAUCUGAGAAGUGAUCAAACAAGGACCAAAACACCAUCAAGGAUGACCGCUAACAGCUUCCGUGCUCUGUGCAUGUCACUGAAGGGCCAGAAAGGAGACAAAGAGCAGAGGAAGCAGGUGCAAGGAGUGAGGGAGCAGUGAGGGCAGGGAGGCGUGGAGAGUUCAAACAGCAGCCGUGUGAGGACAGGUAGGGGACACGGGCAUGGUGUUGGAACUGGCCCAAGAAUCCCCAGGAUGCAGUGGAGAAGCAUGGCAUGAGGAGGCGUGGAGAUGCAGGGGAUCAGAGCUUUCGAAGCCUGGUGUGGGCAUGAAAUGCUCUGAAUUGGGGUGUGAGGGAGACCAGCCUUAGCCUGAUCCCAUGGGAACUCAGGAGCACAGAUUCUACCCAGAACUGUCCCACCCGGAGGCAGGGAGGCAGGCCUCGGGUAUGCCCAUGCCAGUCGUAGCUCCAGGCUGCCCUGGGGGGUACAGGUGGCUCUUACUCCUGGGUGAGGAACUCCCAUGGGGCUGAAGGCUAUCCUCUGGAUGAGAAGGCAUUUUUGAGCAUUUUAGCAGCCACCAUGCAGGGUAGCUGGAGGAUGGGUUCACGUGCAGAGUGAAGGGGAUCUGGGUGGGGCACAACUGUGUCCAUGACAUUGGGUAACGGGGGAGGCAUGGACGGCCUCCUGGUGGUCACAGAAGUAUAAGAGGACAUCAGGCAGAUGGGAUCAGUGCUGAUGUUCUCUGAGCUUGAUUGCUCCAUUUGUCUCUCCAGAUUUCUUUUUCAGCCUGUCCUGGGCCCCAGGGGCUUGGCCCUUAUGGUCGACACUGUCUGGGCUCCUUAUCCUUUGGUUUUGGGGUUGCCACUGGGAUGUGCUGGCAAGAGAUCGCAGGGAGGACCCUGCUUCCUUCAGGCUACACUUGGAUGGUGGCUGUGUUCUGCUUGAGGCCAGAGGUUUUUGUCGUGAAGCUCUCUUUCCGGUCCCCUAAGAGCCCUGCACCCCUCACUGUUUCUGUUAACCGUGCCCACACUUUUAUGACUAGUCUCUACAUCUCUCUUGAAUCAUCCCUCUGAGUGUCUGAUCAGGAGGAGGAUAAUCAGCCCUGGGCUCUACCUCUUGCACGUCCCUGGCACACCCAGCACCCAGCACUCUAUUAAAAGCAGAGUCUGAGUCAGCAGGUCUGGGAGGGGCCUGGGAUUCUGCAUUCCUAGCAAGCUGCCAAGUCCUGCCUGUGCCCCUGGCCCAGGAGCCACACUGACAAUUGAACCUGGGCCUUUUGUCAGAGUGAAGCGUAUGGUCUUUGGUUGAGGGGAGGAAGAAGGAGGGAGGCAGGAGGAGGGGCAGGAGCUCCGCAGACAUCCCUGAAAUCCUGCUGCAAGAGUGAACAGGGCUGAGACUCCGAGAGGGUGGUCUUGGAGCAAAUAUGAACGCACAAUUUUUGAGAUUACUAGAGAAACUUUUUUUUUUUUAAACCAUCAUGAUGUAACCCAGAUACAAGAUACAUUUAGCAACUGUUUGGGGAAAUAAUUAUUUAUUUUAAAGAUCUCAGAAGCUUUGUGUUAAUGGACCACACGACCCUCAAUUUUCAUUAACAUUAAACGUUUACCAGUCUCAAGACACGCAUAAUGACAUAUAAUUUAGGUUUACAAUGUUUUAAUCAUUCCCCUUCCAUAUGCAUUUUUAGAUCCUAUAACAUUAAUUUAGAUGGAAGCAAACCAAUAAAAACUUAAAAACUGA